UGGAUGGCUUCUACGGUGAGCCUGGGUAAAGACACAUUGUUGGAAGAUGGAAUGCCACCUGCAAAAAAGCCCAGGAAGCUGUUGCCAAGCCUCAAAACCAAGAAGCCUCGGGAACUUGUUCUGGUGAUCGGGACGGGAAUCAGUGCAGCAGUUGCUCCCCAGGUCCCAGCGCUGAAGUCUUGGAAGGGGUUGAUCCAGGCCCUCCUGGAUGCUGCUAUUGACUUCGAUCUCCUGGAAGAUGAAGAGAGCAAACGGUUUCAGAAGUGUCUCCAUGAAGACAAGAACUUGGUCCACGUCGCCCACGACCUUAUCCAGAAGCUGUCUCCGCGCACAAGCAAUGUUCGCUCAACCUUUUUCAAAGACUGUUUAUACGAGGUGUUUGAUGACCUGGAAUCUAAAAUGGAAGAUUCUGGGAAGCAGCUGCUUCAGUCUGUGCUUCACUUAAUGGAAAACGGGGCACUUGUGUUAACCACAAACUUCGAUAACCUGCUGGAACUGUACGCAGCACACCAGGGGAAGCAUCUGGAGUCUCUUGACCUGACUGAUGAAAAGAAGGUGCUGGAGUGGGCGCAAGAGAAGAGGAAGCUCAGCGUCCUGCACAUCCACGGCGUUUACACCAACCCCAGUGGCAUAGUGCUCCACCCGGCCGGGUACCAGAACGUGCUGCGCAACACGGAGGUCAUGCGAGAGAUUCAGAAGCUGUAUGAAAAUAAGUCAUUCCUGUUCUUGGGCUGUGGUUGGACUGUUGAUGACACCACGUUUCAGGCCCUGUUUUUAGAGGCUGUGAAGCACAAGUCAGACCUGGAGCACUUCAUGCUCGUACGGAGGGGAGAUGUGGAUGAGUUUAAGAAGCUCCGUGAGAACAUGCUGGACAAAGGGAUUAAAGUGAUUUCCUACGGAGAUGAAUACGCGGACUUGCCCGAGUACUUUGAGAGGCUGACGAGCGAGAUCGCCAUGCGGGGUCGAACAGGUGUGCCUAAGGAGGGACAACAGCUGAACGGCUCUGCUGCUGCCCACGCCCAGAUAAAAGUUUAA